GCCAAGAUGCGCUACGCAGACCCCUCGGCCAACCGGGAUUUGUUGGGGAACCGAACUUUGCUCUUCAUUUUCAUCUGCGCCUUCGCCUUGGUGACCUUGCUGCAGCAGCUCCUGUAUAGCAGGAGCUACAUCAAGAGAGGCUUCCAGUUUGGUUGGCAGAGGGGCGACCAGCAGGCCAAUUGGACUGGGCUCUUUAAUGACAGCGACAGCUCAACAGAGCAGAGCAUCAGUGACUUCAGAUCCAGGUACUUUGAAUUUUACAAGGGGCCUUUAGAAUUUAACUCCACGAGAUGCCUGGAGCUGAGGCAGGAGAUCCUGGAGGUGAAGGUGCUGUCCAUGGUGAAGCAGUCUGAGCUGUUUGACAGGUGGAAGAGCCUUCAGAUAUGCAAGUGGGCGAUGGACACCUCUGAAGCCAACCUGUUCAACAGGUCCACCUUGUCCAGGUGCUGCAACGCCCCUGGCUUUCUCUUCACCACCCAGAAGAACACUCCAAUUGAGACGAAUCUCAGGUACGAGGUGGAGUCCAGUGGCUUCUAUCACAUCAAUCAGGAGAUCUUCCAGAUGUUUCCCAAGGAAAUGCCCUACUACCGAUCUCAGUUUAAGAAGUGUGCUGUGGUGGGCAAUGGAGGCAUCUUGAAGAACAGCGGCUGCGGGAAGGAGAUCAACAGUGCCGACUUUGUCUUCCGGUGCAACCUGCCCCCCAUCUCAGGGCAGUAUACCACAGAUGUGGGGGAGAAGACAGAUGUAGUCACUGUGAACCCCAGCAUCAUCAUUGACAGGUUCCACAAGCUGGAGAAGUGGCGGCGGCCCUUCUUCAGAGUGCUGCAGAUGUACAAGAAUGCCUCAGUGCUGCUGCCUGCCUUCUACAAUGUUCGCAACACCCUCGUGUCCUUCCGGGUCAAGUACCUGCUGGAUGACUUCGGGUCACAGCAGCAGGUCUACUUCUUCCACCCGCAGUACCUGUCAAACAUGUCCCGCUACUGGCUCAGCCUGGGCGUGCGCGCAAAGCGCAUCAGCACCGGCCUCAUCCUGGUCACGGCCGCCCUGGAGCUCUGCGAGGAGGUGCAUCUGUUCGGCUUCUGGGCCUUCCCUAUGAACCCCUCGGGCUACCACAUCACGCACCACUACUACGACAACGUCAAGCCCAAGCCCGGCUUCCACGCCAUGCCCUCUGAGAUCUUCACCUUCCUUCACCUGCAUAGCCGCGGCAUCCUCCAUGUGCACACAGGCACCUGCAAUUACGGCUGACAGACAGGCCCAUCUCAGGCGUCUCAGCUCCCAUCCACUUCCCUUCGGGGUUCCCUGGCCCUGCCGUUAACUCCCUAAGGAUUUAGGGUUUGUGUUUGGGGCCUGGGGUUGGGGUGGGGGGCGGGAGUCAGGGACAGAACCCAUGCAAAGUCAGCUCUGCCCUGAGGCUCCAUCCCGUGCCUCCCUUUAGUUGCUGAGCCACUCUCCAAGGUCAAGGUCAUAAGCACAUUUCCACUCAGUUUCAACUUCCCAGAGAACACGAACUGUGGUGGCCGGCUUGCGGCGAAGUCAGGCCCUGCUGAGAAGAGACUAGCAGGUGAGACAUUCACUUAGCAGGAGAGAGCACAGUCCAGGCCUCAUUCGGACAUUUGGCUGCCCAAGUUUCAUACCAAGGACUCAGCCAUGAAUCACCAUCUAGAAUCUCAGGGCUCAGAGGCUAGCCCUUCUAGGGAACUAACAGUGGCCAAGUGUCCUGGUCUACCUGGCUGAACUCAAAAGACUUCAGGGAUAUCUAAUCCAGGCCUGUGUUAGCAUCACCUAGGACUCCAGUAGCUGAGAGCCGUGCCCCCUUUACACAGUCCUUGGCCACACACAGCCUUGGUGCCUCUAGGUUCCAGCAUUUGACCUUUGACAAGAACUAAAUAAACCAGACCAGCCAUUUGCACUAA